GCUAGAGGAGAAGAUAUGACCCGUAUAUUCUACAGAUCAUGUUUGCUGAUACAAAGUGCCUUCCGCAGGUCAGUCCUUGAAGACCGAUUUGAGUUAAGAAGUUCAAUGGGCAAUCCAAAGGUGCAUUUUCACUCUUCACCAGGAAAACUAACGGGACUUCAUUUAAAAGAUGUAGAUCGAAAGCUACCAGUGCACUUUAAAAACAGUAUCAAUCAGGAAUGUUUAUCUGUGAAAACUAAUAUACCCUCAGACAAUGAACACUUGGUUGUGUACUUAAUGAAGGGUAUACCAACUCUGACUUUGCAGACGGGCUGUGGAUUCCGACUGAACCAAUCAGAGAACACUUUAAGUGUGUCCGUGCAUUCAAUAGAUAAACAGAAAGCUAGAGAGGCAGUGAAAGCUCUGAGGAGGUGGUUAGAGAAAACAGUAGAAAUUGGUAUCCAGAAACAUGCCUAUAAUAAAAAUCUGCACUUACCCUUCACCAGAGAAAUACCAGCAUUGAUUCUAAACCGAGCCUUAACACAGAGAGGUCAUGACAACAUUAAGGCAAUUGGGGCAGCAACUGGUACAAGGAUUACAUAUUCCCCCCGCGGUGUAAAGCAGCCCCAUGUGAUGGUCCAUGCAGAUUCAUAUGAAAAAAUGUGGGAAGCGGUUGAUCUUACCAAAAAACUAUUUGACCAGACUGUGAAUCAUUUAAGGAAUUGUUCAGUAGGAAAGUUGAUGAUUCCAGAUAAUUUACCUGCAGACUUUGAUGUUUACUGCUUUGCAGAGCUCUUAAAAGUAGUAUUAACUGAGAAGUAUGGAGAGAGUCAGCCAAUUGUGACCCUGUGUUGGAAUGUACAUAAAACUAAGGAUGAAGAAGCCUACGCGUACUACGACAUUAGAGCUGAAACUUCAGAGACCGUGGAGGAAGUUAAGUCACUGAUCCUAAGGAUGUUAGAAAGGGAAGUGGAGCGGUUUAAAUAUCAGGCUCACGACACAGUGUUCUACCCUCCAGAAGAUGAGUAUAGGAAAUUCACAAAGCUUAUGAAUACUGUAGGACUCCAUCUACUGAAUGAUUGGAGAACGAGUGAUUCCUCUCUAAAGAAUAUUAGACUUCACUUCAAAGGGGAUCAACAGAGGAGGGAGGAGGCAAAAAUGACGGGAAACCCGCAGCGACAUCGGAAAAUCCAUAUCAGGGGAGAUAAUCUGGAGGACGUUCAGAAGGUGGCCCAAAAGAUUAAUAAGAUGAUAAAAAACUACACAGAUGUUUAUAUUCAUUAAUUAAAUAAAUUUCUUUUAUCAUGUUUAUUGUGCAUGCUAAAUAAUACAUGGUCUCUCUGUGCAUUUCUCCUUAUACGAUGUGUUACACCUGUAUACCAAUCAAAACGUUUAACCUACCACUCUGUAAAGUGGCAAAUGAAAAUUGACACAA